AAGAUGCCUCAGCUGUACCUAGCAUCCUACCCUCUGAAACUACUUAUUAGGUGUUUUGUUUUGUUUUUUGCUUUUUUUGGAUGAAAACUUUUGUCUUAAGUCCUGUGUAUACUUUUAUGAUAAUGAGCAAGAUGAAUGAGUUAGUGCUAUAAUCAGGAAGUAUGCAACCUUCUGAGCUUCACCAGAACAGAAAGUGAAAGCAAAAAUAAAUUUCCCCCACUCUGCAACAGCGUGGACUAAGGUUUAAUCCAUUGACUGAAACUUAUCCUUUGUGACUUAACUGGAGCUAAUAGAGUGUGAUGGACAAGAUUAAGCCUGGAUGUUAACUUGUGUUCUACAGAAGACAUUUAGCAUUCCAUUUUCCUGCAAUGGUUAAUUCACACAGAAAACUAAUAUUUAAUGUUUACAUCAGAUUUUACUACUCAACAAUCAUCUUGCCCCAAAUAUGCCUUUGUUCUCAGCUCUCGAUGUUGCCUAAUGAUCAGCCCAGUACGAACCCUGGGCCUUUCCAUGUAUCCACCAAUGGAGAACAAUUUCCUUGGCAUGAGCUAAGGCUCCCAAGAGUGGUCUUUCCCCUACACUAUGAGCUUUAUGUCCACCCAAACCUCACCACCCUGGACUUUGUUGCCUCUGAGCAGAUUGAAGUGUUGGUCAGAGACAUCACUCAAUUUAUCAUCUUGCACAGCAAAGAUCUUGAAAUCACAAAGGCCACCCUUCAUUCAGAGGAAGAUGUGAGAUACAGGAAACCAGGAAAACCACUAGAUGUUUUGAGUUACCCUGCUCAUCAACAGAUUGCACUGCUGGUUCCAGAGAAACUUAUGGCUGAUAUGAGAUAUUUUGUGACUAUUGACUUCCAGGCCAAGUUAGCUGAAGGCUUUGAAGGGUUUUAUAAAAGCACCUAUAGAACUCUUGGUGGUGAAACAAGAACAAUUGCAGUAACAGAUUUUGAGCCAACCGAAGCACGAAUGGCUUUCCCUUGCUUUGAUGAACCAUUGUUCAAAGCCAACUUUUCAAUCAAGAUAAGAAGAGAGAGCAGACACAUUGCACUAUCCAACAUGCCAAAGGUUAAGACAAUUGAACUUGAAGGAGGCCUCUUGGAAGAUCAUUUUGAAACUACUGUAAAAAUGAGUACAUACCUUGUAGCCUACAUAGUUUGUGAUUUCAACUCUGUGAGUGGCACAAGCUCUUCAGGGGUUAAGGUGUCCAUCUAUGCAUCCCCAGACAAAUGGGAUCAAACGCACUACGCUUUGGAAGCAUCACUGAAGCUACUUGACUUUUAUGAAAAUUACUUUGAUAUCAACUAUGCGCUCCCCAAGCUAGAUCUAAUUGCCAUUCCUGACUUUGGAUCCGGAGCCAUGGAAAAUUGGGGGCUCAUCACAUAUCGAGAGACAUCACUGCUCUUUGAUCCCAAAACCUCUUCUGCUUCUGAUAAACUGUGGGUCACCAGAGUCAUAGCCCAUGAACUAGCACACCAGUGGUUUGGCAAUCUGGUUACAAUGGAAUGGUGGAAUGAUCUUUGGCUCAACGAGGGUUUUGCAAACUACAUGGAACUUGUCUCUGUUAGUGCUACAUAUCCAGAGCUACAGCUUGAUGACUAUUUUUUGGAUGUGUGUUUUGAAGUAAUUAGCAGAGAUUCAUUAAAUUCAUCCCGUCCUGUCUCCAAUCAAGCAGAAACUCCUACUCAAAUACAUGAAAUGUUUGAUGCUGUUUCCUAUAACAAGGGAGCUUGUAUUUUGAAUAUGCUCAAGGAUUUUCUGACUGGGGAGAAAUUUCAGAGAGGAAUUAUUCACUACUUAAAGAAGUUCAGCUAUAGAAAUGCUAAGAACAAUGAUUUGUGGAGCAGUCUAUCAAAAAGUUGUUUAGAAGGCGAUUUGACAUCUGGUGGAUUUUGUUAUUCUGAUUCCAAGACAACAAGCAACACACUCAGUUUUUUAGGAGAACAUGUGGAGGUCAAAGAGAUGAUGACUACCUGGACUCUCCAGAAAGGAAUCCCCGUGGUGGUGGUUAAACGAGAAGGCACUUUCCUCCAAGUACAACAGGAGCGCUUCCUGAAGGGGGUUUUCAAAGAGGACCCUGAAUGGGGGGCCCUGCAGGAAAGUUAUCUAUGGCAUAUCCCAUUGACCUACUCCACCAGUGCCUCUGAUGAGAUUCACAGACAUGUUCUUAAAUCAAAGACAGAUAUUCUGGAUUUACCUGAAAAGACCAGUUGGGUGAAAUUCAAUGUGGAUGCAAAUGGCUACUACAUUGUUCACUAUGAGGGUCAUGGAUGGGACCAGCUCAUUAUACAGUUGAAUCAGAACCAUACACUUUUCAGACCGAAGGACAGAGUAGGUCUGAUUCAUGAUGCAUUUCAGCUAGUAAGUGCAGGAAGGUUGACAUUAGACAAAGCCCUUGACCUGACUCGCUACCUCCAACAUGAAAGAAGUGUUCCUGCACUUCUCAAAGGACUGGGAUACUUAGAGUUGUUUUACCACAUGACAGAGAGACGGAAUAUUUCAGAUGUCACUGAAAAUCUCAAGCAUUACCUUCUCCGGUAUUUUAAGCCCGUGAUUGACACGCAAAGCUGGAGCGAUGAGGGCUCCAUCUGGGACAGGACACUUCGUUCGACUCUCUUGAACCUGGCCUGUUACCUGAAUCAUGCUCCCUGCAUCCAGAAGGCGACUGAACUCUUCUCUCAGUGGAUGGAAUCCAGUGGAAAAUUAAAUCUUCCUACAGAUGUCUUAAAGAUUGUAUAUUCUGUGGGUGCUCAGACCACAGCAGGAUGGAAUUACCUUUUAAACCAAUAUGACCUGUCAAUGUCAGGUGCUGAAAAAAUCAAAAUUCUAUAUGCAUUGUCAACCAGCAAAGACCAGGAGAAAUUAAUGAAAUUAAUUGAACUAGGAAUGGAAGGAAAGGUUAUCAAGACCCAGGACUUGCCAGCUCUUCUUCAUGCAAUUGCCAGAAAUCCAAGUGGGCAGCAAUUAACCUGGAAUUUUGUAAGAGAAAACUGGGCGCAUCUCCUAAAGAAAUUUGACUUGGGCUCAUUUGCUAUGAGAAUAAUCAUCUCUGGUACAACAUCUCACUUUUCUUCCAAGGAUGAAUUGCAAGAGGUGAAACUAUUCUUUGAAUCUCUUGAAGUCCAAGGAUUACACCUGGAUACUUUUCAAACUGUUCUAGAAACCAUAUCCAAAAAUAUUAAGUGGCUGCAGAAGAAUCUUCCUACUCUGAGGACGUGGCUACUAGUUAACGUUUAAAUAAUCAAUAGAAAGGACACAUCAGUUAUGGUUUUUGACAGCAAGAAGUGAGCAAAGUUCAAGUCAAUGGUCUGGAUGUUUUGUCUAACCAAUAAGAAGCCACAAAAAAAUCAGCCAAUACAACUGUCUACUCUCACCUCUCAAGUUAGUUCAAAUUUAUAAGUACCUGAGAUAUGUGGAGAUACAGAAUCAACUGUAUAAAUAUAGGUAUAAUAGUUUAGCCCCAACACAAACCUUUUCCAUUGCUUCAUAGGAUUUUGUUUUAAUGCUUUUUUAAGCUUUCCUUAGUAUCUUAGUAUUUUUCCCCAACCAGUUUUACCAUCAAGGAAUAAUGGCCAAUUCAUUAAUCUUUCAUUUGUAUCCUUCUAUCUCAUUUGCCCCCUCCUUCAAGUCAUCCUGAACAGUUAAUUUAAUUUUUACCAUUCAUGAAAAAUCUGAUACAAACUAUGAAGCUUAAAGAUGAGGAAAAGGGGCCUCCCCCAGUGGCGCAGGCAGUUGAGGGCAGUGCUGUGAGGCUGUCUGCAGCCUCUGCAGCGCGGGUUCGAUCCCAGCCGGCCCGCGAGAAUCCCACAUGGCGUGGCAGUCCUCGCCUGUCUCGCCUGCUGCUCCCCUCAGCAGUGUAUUUCAGUCAGUCUGCCUGUUCUACUCCCUGCUCUGUCACUGGUGAAUCCUCUCACCCUCAUGUGCAUCUGGACUAUAACCCCGGUUCUUAUAUGCAUGAAUAAAUAAAUCUAAAAAUCAGGUAAAGGAGACUUUGUCAGCAAAUCUCAAAUUAUUAGAAACUAGAUGUCAGAACUUAUCAAGGAAGCCAGGAAGGGCUCUUGGCCUGAUCCUCACUUUGAUGAAGAGCCUCAAGUUUAGUUUGAUGAAGUCAUUUUCAGAUGAAGUGAAAUCUGCAGUUGCAGCAGUACAGUUGCAGCAGGCCAAGAAGUGCUCUUGGCCUGAUCCUCACUUUGAUGAAGAGCCUCAAGGUUAGUUUGAUGAGGUCAUUUUCAGAUGAAGUGAAAUCUGCAGUUGCAGCAGUACAGGAGGGUAAUUAUUAUCCACACCAUUUUUUAAAAAUCCAUGUGCUAUUGCAUUUUUGAUAAAUCUUUUGAAAAGUUUUAUUUAUUUUUAAACUCCUUUUUUUUUUAAGAUUUAUUUAUACAAGCACUGGGGUUCAAGCUGGAGGCGUGGGAGGGUGAGAGAAUCCACCAGAGACAGAAGAGGGCGCAGAACAGGCAGAAGGACCAAAAUACACUGCUGAGGGGAGCAGCGGGCAAGACAAGAGAGGUCUGCUGUGGACAGUCUCACAGUGCUGCACUCAGCCCGCUGCGCCACUGGGGAGGCCCUCUUUUGAAAAGUUUUAGAAUUAGAUUAUAUUUUGUAUAGUUUGAAAUAUAUACAAAAUAUAUUUUGUAUAUAUUUGAAAUAUAUACAAAAUAUAUAUUUUGUAUAUUUUGUAGCCAGUGUGAGCAUCUCUUCUUGUUUUAAGGUAACCUCUUGAUCUGUAAAAUGUCCUUCUAGAUGCUUCUUUUAAUUGUUUGAAUAAGACAUGUGGAAUAAAAAAAAAAAUCAGUCUCUAUAUAAAUGUUAAACUUAAUACAUUUAUGGGCCUCCCUGGUGCACAAGGUCUUAAGCACAGCACUGUGAAGCUAUAUGCAGCCUCUGCAGUGAGUUAGAUCCCCAGCUGGCCAGGGAGCUACCCACAAGGCACGGCAGACCUCACCAGUCUCGCCCACUGCUCCCCUCAGUAGUGUAUUUCAGUAGAUCUGCCUGUUCUGUUCCCCGCUCUGUCUCUGGUGAAUCUUCUCACCCCCUGCACCUCUGGCCUGUACCCCAGUUCUUGUAUGCAUAAAUAAACAAAUGUUUAAAAAAAACAAUAUAUUUAUGAUCCCACAUGAGUUAAAAUGAAGAUAUAUGUAAGUUCUAGAAAAAAUUGAAUCACUACCCAAAUAAUUGACUCACCUGGGAAGGCAGGAAAAAUGGGAAAGGUAUUAUCCAAUCCAUUUUAGAGUGAUAUGGAACCUUUUCUUAGUGCUAUAGUCAGAGAGAAUACAGUUUGGAUGGACCGUAGGCAUCUCAAUGUAUGUUUUGUUAAGUUUGAUUUCAUAUUAUUUCUUGGACUCUCUGAAGCAUUUUUGACUCUAGUUUUUCCCUGGCCAGGGUCAUACUAAAGUCUGCAUAUUACCAUUGUUAUUACUAUUCUAGAAUUUAUUAGUACUUUAGGAAAUCGAAAGAGUAAAGAGCACUAUUUUCCUACUUUGAUAACAUGUAAAUUAAGAAGAAAAAUGUGUAUGACUUUGGGUACAGCUGUACUAUCAACAUUUCCAUAAAUAUACAAAGUUCUCUCUUUUGUAUCUUACCUACCCUUUAUUUCCAAGUUUUAAAUUCUUUUUCUCUUAGUUCCUUAUUCAAAUAUAUCUUUGAUUCUUAAGAUCUACUGAAACACACUGUUGAGGGGAGCAGCAGGGGAGGCAGGAGAGGUCUGCCCUGCCAGGUGGGUUGCUCCCUAGCCAGAGGGAUCAAACUUGUGCUGCAGUGGCUGGUGAUAGCUUGAUAGUGCUGUCUUUAACCCCUGUGCCACCAGGGAGGCCCAUGUCCUCCUUGGUGAACUGUCUGUUCAAAUCUGCUAUUCAUUUAUAAUUGGGUUGUUUGUCAUUAUCGCUGUUGUUGUUGAAUUGUAGGAAGUUUUUAAUGUAUCUUGGAUAUUAAUACUUUAUCAGUUAUGUAUUGGGUGAAUAUUUUCUUUAAUUCAAUGGGGUGAUAUUCUGCAGGGGAAGAGAAGGGAGUGGUAUCAAAACAGGGGUGGGAAGAGCAUAAGGAACAAUGAUGAUAGUUCACUGGUGAAUGGGUGGUGGGAAUUUCACGAGGACUAUGAAAAUACAUACAUUGUAUAAAAAUGAAUUAUGAUGUAAAAAUAUA